UGAGCUAAGCCCCUGUAUAGUAUGGGUGGUAAAGUGACUUCACUGCAGGCUGCACCAGCACAUCGUCCUCUGCUGCCACCACUUGACACUGGCACAGGGUCAGCAAUAGCUUAAUGCUCUGGUGGUGCCAUCACCAGGAUGCUGAGUGUAAGGUGCUGGGCCCCGUCUCACCUCUGUCCUCCUCAUCACUUGUCCUUCAAGGACCACGUGGAUUAACAAAGUUGCUGCCCCCUCCCCUCUGGCAGCCCCCAGCCCCACACAGGGAUUUGUGCAAUGUCAGCGCCGUCUCGCCUGGGUGAUCAGCCCUCCCUCCCCAUUCUCUGCGCCUCUAAUCCCUGAAUGCACUGGGCUGAUAAGUGAUCGCUUUAUAAGCGCAGCUCGGGUGGGAGAAGAGAUACAGAACCCAGAGUACAUACUGCAGCAUGGACAUCGGGCUGAUGGGGACACCUGCCAGGAUCUCUCUCGGUGGAGCUGCCAAAGUCAAGGAGCGCAGAAGGACCCCUGUGUCCCACAAAGUCAUUGAAAAGAGAAGAAGAGACAGGAUCAACCGCUGCCUAAGUGAACUGGGCAAGACUGUACCAAUGGCUCUAGCCAAGCAGAAUUCUGGCAAACUGGAAAAAGCUGAAAUUUUGGAAAUGACAGUCCAGUACCUUAGAGCCUUGCAUGCUGCUGAUUUCCCAAGGGGGAGAGAUAAAGACCUCCUCUCUGAAUUUGCCAAUUAUUUUCAUUACGGCUAUCACGAGUGCAUGAAAAACCUGGUCCAUUACCUGACCACAGUAGAGAGAAUGGAAACCAAGGACACCAAAUAUGCCCGAAUUGUUGCCUUCCUUCAGUCUAAAGCUCAUUUGACCACUGAGCCCCUGUUCAGCUCUUUGCAUGAAGUGGAUAUGUCCUGCCAACUCCAUUCUUCUCCACCUGAUUAUCCAAGUCCUGUUGAUACCACAUAUACUCAAAGUCCAGGUGGAUCCUUUUCAUGGCAUAACACCAACAGGAGCCCCACACUGAACUAUCUGGCAAGUCCAACCAGCAUGCCUCUGCCUUGUACGCCACCCCAGCAGACUCAGCAUUGUAGCUUCCUGUCGCCCAUGCAGAGUCUGGACAGACAUUAUCUCAACCUUUUGGGACAUUCCCAUGCUAAUAGUUUCAGCAUGCACAGUGCUCAGCAUCCUGCUGUCCUGUGACCCUCCGAGUCACAACUUGCAAAAACUCAAGGAUUGUAGGUAGCAAAAAUGAUCAUGUCUAUCAAACCUAUAAAAAUACAUUUAGAGGGAAAUGGUCCUGUCAGCAAAAACCAAUCAUAUAGUUGUUUUGAUUGCACUAUUCAUAUGACAGCUAGAAUCUGAUUGGUUGUUGUUGGCCCCAAUUCAUUUGUAUAAUCACCAUCUCACCAUACAGAAUCUUAUGACCUUGUGUUGUAUUUUAUCACUGCAGCCUUCAUUGCCUUUGAUGAGCUGCCAUGAGUGAACCAAGCCGCCUGCUCUUAGCCAUGACUUAUAUGUUUAUUGUUAGUGGGUUGAACAAUGUGCCCAUUUUCAAUAUGUAGUUACCUCAAAAUGUCCCGAAGGAGAAAAUGAAAGUAUAAUGACUCUUAAUGAUCUGACGGAACUUUGUGCCUGCACCACCCCACAGAGACUGCUCUGCUCCCUGGGAUGAGCCCUUUGUCACACUGCUCAGCAGCAGGCUCCAAGGGUCAAAAUCACCAUUAUUAUGUAAAUACUUGUAAAUUGUAACGUGGUCAUUAAUUUAUUGAAAUGCAAAACUUUCUCUUCUGUCGGAGCCUCGUGAGCUUUACAAAGUUAGAUAUAUUUAUACUGUAAAUUUGUAAUAAAA